AUUUGACGGGACUUUUAAUUUAUCCGGUAUAUUCCCAUAAUGCCACGUACGUCAUGACGUAAGACGCACAAAGCGUACCAGCAUCUCUGUUGAAUAGUGUGGAAUAAAGCAGCAGAGAUGUUUCGGCCCAAGCCCACACUGAAGGACAGACAGCAACUGUACAGGAUGAUCAUCAGCCAGCUGCUGUAUGAUGGCUACACGACCAUUGCCAACAGCCUGAUCAGUGAGGUCAAACCCCCGAGUGUGGUGUCUCCAUCAGAGCAGCUCAUGCAGCUGGCCAAAAUAGGAAUGGAGAACGAUGACAGCGCUGUGCAGUACGCCAUUGGUCGCUCUGAAACUGUGGCACCUGGUGUGGGAAUCGACCUGGAGUUUGAUGCAGACGUGCAGACCAUGUCUCCAGAAGCAUCCGAGUACGAGACCUGCUACGUGACUUCUCACAAGGGUCCGUGUCGUGUCGCCACUUACAGCCGCGAUGGCCAGCUCAUUGCGACGGGCUCUGCCGAUGCCUCGAUUAAGAUCCUGGACACGGAACGCAUGCUGGCCAAAAGUGCAAUGCCUCUGGAGGUGAUGAUGAACGAAACGGCCCAGCAGAAUAUGGAGAACCACCCUGUGAUCAGAACGUUGUACGAUCACGUGGAUGAAGUCACCUGUCUAUCUUUUCACCCGACCGAACAGAUCCUUGCCUCUGGCUCCCGUGACUACACCCUUAAACUUUUUGAUUAUUCAAAGCCAUCGGCCAAAAGAGCCUUCAAGCACAUACAGGAAGCUGAAAUGUUGCGCUCCAUCUCAUUCCACCCAUCUGGAGAUUUCCUACUGGUGGGCACGCAGCACCCCACCCUGCGCCUUUACGAUGUCAACACCUUUCAGUGUUUCGUGUCCUGCAACCCUCUGGAUCAGCAUACAGACACCAUCUGCGGAGUCUGCUACAAUCCCAGCGCUAACAGCUACGUCACCUGCAGCAAAGACGGAAGCAUCAAGCUGUGGGAUGGGGUGUCAAACCGAUGUGUGACCACCUUUGAGAAAGCGCACGAUGGCGCCGAGGUCUGUUCGGCGGUCUUCUCCAAGAACUCCAAGUAUAUUCUGUCAAGCGGAAAAGAUUCUAUCGCCAAGCUAUGGGAAAUUUCCACAGGCCGGACUUUGGUGAAGUACACAGGCGCUGGGCUCAGUGGUCGACAAACACACCGCACUCAGGGUGUCUUCAACCACACAGAGGACUACGUGCUGCUGCCGGACGAGCGAACCAUCAGUCUGUGCUGCUGGGACUCACGAACAGCCGAGAGGAAGAACUUGCUCUCACUGGGCCACAAUAACAUAGUGCGCUGCAUCGUACACUCGCCCACCAACCCGGGAUUCAUGACCUGCAGCGACGACUUCAGAGCUCGAUUCUGGUAUCGCCGCACCACAACUGACUAAGACACUUGUUUUGAGAUAAGAUAAGAAUGAGUUCAGCUGAUCCCAAUUCAGAUAUCCACAGUGUGUUGUCAAAAGACUUGACAGGCUUUGUCAUCAAGACUGCAUUUUUUAAAGGCGUCAAGAAGAUAGUUGCCUAUGAAUUGAUUGGGUACCUUGAUGUAACUGUUGGAUAGUUUUGUUUUACAAAUAACAAUUAGAGAUGUGCACUUUUGCAUUUUUACAUGUUCAAUUCAAGACCAUUUAGUAACAAUCUAUACAUUGAGCCAUAAUGUUGGCAUUUGUUGUGUACAUUUUAUUGAGAGCAUUUGUUGUGUAGAUGACUAGAAAGUUCAAUCUUUUUUUACUUUCAGUUGCAAUAAUGUGCUCUUUGUUUUAUAUUAAAAGGCUCUUGGAGAA